AUUACUCCACCUUCUCACUAUUUUAUUUCUUCCCCAAUCCCCUUUCAUUCACUUUAUCAAUUUACCAAUUUUCUUUCUUCUUCGUUCUCCUCUUCCCCUGUUUCACAUGUCCUCAAAAACAUGAAUUUUCCUCUCCAUUUUACAACAAUUCUCUGUUUGUUUAUUCUCAAUUUUUCAUCAAAAACAGUUGUUGGAUCAAACUGUACCCAUUCAUGUGGAAACAGAUUACUUCCAUUUCCUUUUGGUUUCUCCCAUGGCUGCCCAAUUCAGCUUAACUGUACCUCAAAUGAAGAAAUUUUCAUGAAAGAUUUCCCAGUUCAAUCAGUAACUCCAGAUACCAUUUUAAUCAAUCUUUUAGCAAAAUGCAGCCGACCAUUUUCAGCAAUUCACAAUCUUUUUAGCCCAAAUUACGCACCCACUUCAAAAAACGGUAUACUUUUCCAGAAUUGCAGUUCUUCACAGUCUAGCUGUUUGAUUCCAUCUACGAUGAUACAAACCCAUUUUGACAUUCUUGAUUGUGGUAAAGAAAACAUGAGCUGUUAUUCUGAGCCGAAUAGUGUGAACAAUUUCAUCAAUUUGAAGAAUUUGUCGAAAACAGGGUGUGGCUCUCUGUUUUCUGCAAUUUCUGUGGAGUCGACGGGGAAUAGCUCGGCUGUUUCGUUGGAUGUUCAGGUGGUUCAAUUGGGGUGGUGGGUACAUGGACAUUGCCGGUGUUCUUCUAAUGCGAAUUGUACUAAAAUCUCUUCCCCCAUUAAUGGAAAACAGGGAUAUCGGUGUCAGUGCUUUGAAGGGUUCAUCGGAGAUGGCUUCUUAGCCGGCUCCGGCUGCCGGAAAGAUGAAACAACAUGCAACCCUUCAAAGUACCUAUCAGGCAAAUGUGGAGGAACCACAAGAGUUGGUGUACUUGUUGGAGGUAUUGUAGCAGGUGCUUCGUUAAUGGUUAGUGUAGGCCUAAUAUGCUGCUUUAUUCGACGAAGAUUGAAUUUCCAAAACAGAACAAGAAGAAGCCGCGAGUUAUGUGAGACUACAGGGAUCAUCAUCCCGGUUUAUCAGUACAAAGAAAUGGAAAAAGCAACUGAUUUCUUCUCUGAGAAACGGAGACUAGGAAAUGGCGCGUAUGGAACAGUUUAUUCUGGAAAACUUCAAAAUGAAAAUUGGGUAGCUAUCAAAAGAAUUAGACACACACAUACUGAUAGCAUUGAACAAUUCAUCAAUGAAAUCAAGCUCCUUUCCUCUGUCAAUCAUCCAAACCUCGUUCGUCUCUUAGGCUGCUCAAUCGAAAAUGGUGAACAGAUACUCGUUUAUGAAUACAUGCCUAAUGGAACUUUGUCACAACAUAUACAAAGAGAAAAAGGGAACGGGCUUCCAUGGCCGGUUCGUCUUACAAUUGGUGCAGAAACUGCACAAGCUAUAGCUUAUUUGCAUAAUGCAAUGCAUCCUCCAAUAUAUCACAGAGAUGUUAAGUCAAGUAAUAUACUCUUGGAUUACAAUUACAAGUCAAAAGUAGCAGAUUUUGGACUAUCAAGACUCGGUUUGGUUGAAUCGUCUCACAUUUCUACUGCACCACAAGGAACUCCGGGAUAUCUAGAUCCUCAGUAUCAUCAGAACUUUCAGUUGUCUGAUAAGAGCGAUGUUUAUAGUUUUGGUGUUGUUCUUGCUGAGAUCAUAACAGGACUAAAAGCAGUAGACUUUGCUCGUCCUCAAGACGAAAUAAACUUGGCUGCACUUGCUAUUGACAGAAUAGGAAAGGGAAACUUGGAUGAAAUUAUCGAUCCAUUUAUCGAGUUACAUAUGGAUGCUUGGACACUUUCAUCUAUUCACAGAGUAGCAGAGUUGGCAUUCAGGUGUCUGGCAUUUCAUCGCGAUAUGAGGCCAUCGAUGAUGGAAGUAGCGAUUGAAUUGGAACAACUUAGGCUAAGUAGAUGGACGAAUUCGGAAGACAACAUCACAGGUUCAUCAGAGGGAUCUUCCAUUUCAUCAACUUCAGAUGCAAGUGAAAAACCAUUGAAUCUUUCCAUUAACAAGAAGCAAGAAAUUGAUAUAUUUUCGACAGAGUGUAAAAUAAUAAAGGAUUAUUCCCCUGUAUCAGUACAAGAUCCAUGGAGUAGUGAGCAAAGUUCUCCAUCUUGUAGUAGUUUGCUUAAUCAUAUAGUUAAGUAAUUAAAUUAUGUAAAGGAUUAAAUUUCUUCAUUGUAAUUUACUUACAAGAACAUUUAGCAGUCGAAAAUGUAGUAAUACAUAUGGCAAA